AUGUGGUAUAUGGCUUUUAUACGAUUUAUAAGGCGGAGGAUCAUCUUAGCGUUAAUUCUUUUAGUUUCACUUAGUUAUUGUGUUGUUAGCUAUCUGCAAAAGAAUGAUUUUCUGGAUGGUGAUGAAGUCGAGCCUAUUAGGAGGACGCAACCGUUCAUUUGGAGGACUUUGCAACAACAUAACUCAACAAAUGAGGCCGAAGUUUACUGUAGGAAUUCCAUACAGGGAAAAGUGCUUAUAGUCGACGAUAGGGGGUUUGUGUGCCCCAGGCAGGAAGUGUUGUUGAAUGGUUGUUGCAACGAUGUUUCCAAUACAGUCAACCAAUAUUCCUGCGAAACUUGCAAGAGUAACAAUUGUUGUGCAAUUUAUGAGUAUUGUAUAUCAUGCUGUCUUCAUCCUGACAAAAGGGACGUUCUUGAGUCGGUUCUGGGCAAGGCUGAGCAGACAAACGUUUUGUUUGCGUCUGUGGCCGAUCAUUUCGAGUUGUGUUUGGCAAAAUGUCGCACGAAUUCGCAAAGUGUUCAGCACGAAAACUCCUAUAAAGACCCGAGAGCAAAGCACUGCUACGGGGAGCUCAGCCCUGGGAGUAGUGUGGAGGGGGAGGUUUGA